AUGACGACGACGGCCGUCGGGAAAGGAACCCUGCCGCCGUCGGAGAUGGUGAUCAUCACCACCAUCAACGAGGCGUGGGCCGAGCCAGGUUCGAUCCUGGACCUGUUUCUGGAGAGCUUCUGGAGCGGGGACGGGACCCAAGAACUGGUGAGGCAUCUGGUAAUCGUGUCACUGGACCAAAAAGCCCACCAAUACUGCCAAGCCGUACAUCCACACUGUUACGCACUCACAACGCCCGGAGUCAGUUUCACGGGGACCCCCGCUACGUUCAAGAGCGACGAGUUCAUGCUCAUGGUCUGGCGCAGAAUGGAGUUCUACACCUCCGUUUUAAAAUUGGGGAUUGACUUCGUUUUCACGGAUGUGGACAUAGUGUGGUUCCGGAACCCGUUCCCGCACUUCCACGAAGACGCCGACUUCCAGAUCGCCUGCGACAUCUACACCGGCGACGACUCGGAGCUCCACUACAACAGCAUGAACGGCGGGUUCGGGUUCGUCCGGUCCAACGACCGAGCCCGUCGGUUCUUCCAGCACUGGCACGACUCCAGGGAGAGGUUCCCGGGGAUGCACGAGCAGGACGUGCUGAACAAGAUCAAGGACGAGCCUUUCAUCGACGAGAUCGGGCUGCGGGUCAAGGUCCUCGACACGGAUCACUUCGGCGGGAUCUGCCAGCCGAUCAAGGACCUCAACGUCGGCUGCACCAUGCACGCCACGUGCUGCAUCGGCAUGGAGUCCAAGAUUCGAGCGCUCACGGCGGUUCUUCAGGAUUGGAAGCACUUCUCUUCUUCGCCUCCGGAGUCUAGGAACUCGACGUCGUUUGUUUGGAAACCGGAACGCACCGGCUGCUGGAUGUGA